AUGUUACAAUCCACUAGUAACGUGAUUGUGACUGCUCUCGCCCUGGCAUCGGGGAUCACCGCAUCUGCAGUGCCCAGAUCAACAGAGAAGUUUAACUGGUCCGCCAAGAAAGGCUUGCUCGCUUUCGGAGAUUCGUAUACUUAUGUCCAAGGAACACACGGACAUCAGAAUUUCAGCUUCAUCGGCGAUCAAUUCAUUUACGCAUAUGAUGAAGAGACUCUUCUUUCCAAUAAGAUUGUCCAAAAUCAAACAGGAACCGCAGAAGGAGGUCCAAACUGGGUAGAAUACCUUACAGGAUGCGGCGAACAGCCAGGCCUGACAUCGCCACGUACAUGCAAAAAGCAACUCUGGGAUUUUGCCUUUGCCGGUGCAGAUAUCUCUACUGAAUACACACCCCUACACCACAAUUUCACCGUGUCCCUCGUAAACCAAGUCGAACAAUACGCAGAAUACGGACAUAAAACUCUCACCAGCUUUCUACCCACAAGCGAAACACUAGUAGCCAUCUGGAUCGGUAUCAACGACGUCGGCGACAGCGCAAAAUACGCUGUGAAUUUCCCAGACUUCUACGCAAAUUUGACAGGCACCCUGUUCGAUUCAGUGGAAACGUUGUAUGAUUUUGGAUACAGGUCUUACUUGAUUAUGAAUUUACCGCCGAUGGAUCGCGAUCCAUCGAAUUUGGGAAGUAGUCUUCCGACACCGAAUGCGACGCAGGUGAGUUGGUGGAAUGAGGCGUUGACUGGGAGGGCGGAGAGGUUUGGAAAGGAGAAGGGGAAUAGUGUGGAGAUUCGUGUAUUUGAUGCGCAUGAGCGGUUGAGUUGGAUAUUGGAUCAUCCGGCGGAGUUUGGGAUUGUUAAUACGACGGGUUAUUGUGCUGGGUAUGACCAGCCGGAUAUUGAGUGGAAUUAUCGGGCUUAUGGGUGUCCGACGCCGCUGGAUGAGUAUUUCUGGUAUAAUACUGGGCAUAUGACUAGUCAUACUCAUCGGAUUCUGGCGAGUGAAUUGGAGGCGUGGUUGGAGAGAGUUUAG